AUGGCAGACGUAAUGUCCCUCUUCUCCCUAAAUGGGAAAACCGCCAUCGUCACCGGUGGAACACGAGGCAUUGGCCAAGCCAUGGCCAUUGCUCUGGCUGAGGCUGGCGCCGAUAUCAUCUUGAUUCAGGCGAGUCACCUGGAAAGAGAUGAGAUCAUUAAUCGCCUUGGACGUCAGGCAUGGAUCCACGUUGCCGAGCUAGGGGACCGGCAGGCCGUCAAAGGCAUCAUCCCUGCAUUGAUCAGCCAAGGCCUCAAGCCCGAGAUUCUGGUGAACUGCGCAGGGAUCCAACGGCGACACCCCGCCGAACAGUUCCCAGACGAGGACUGGGAUGAGGUCCUGGAAAUUAAUUUAUCCUCCGUGUUUAUCAUGUGCCGAGAAUUCGCCGCAUACCUCUUGGCCCGUGACGACUCUGAAUUCCCCCAGGGCCGUCGGGGCUCCAUCAUUAAUGUCGCCUCUCUGCUCACCUUCCAGGGUGGGAUUACUGUCCCCGCCUACGCAGCAUCCAAGGGUGGCAUUGGGCAGUUGACCAAGGCACUCUCGAACGACUGGAUCGCCAAGGGAAUCAAUGUCAACGCGAUUGCGCCCGGUUAUAUUGCUACUGAUAUGAACACCGCCCUCAUCAACGAUGCUUCUCGCAAUGCUGGUAUCAUGGCACGUAUCCCGGCUGGCCGAUGGGGAAACCCUGAAGAUUUCAAGGGUGCUGUGGUGUAUCUAGCCAGUCGGGCUAGCAGCUACGUAUCUGGUGAGGUUCUCACAGUUGACGGUGGAUGGAUGGGACGGUAA